AACAAACUUUGUCAAACUCAAGUUUGUCAUUAAGUUCUUUUAGAUUUUUUCAAAUAAAAACAACGUGCUAGUUCUCUUUUGUACCUUCCAAUUCUAGUGCUUAAGAUAUAGUGACGCAGGCUGAUAGAUGAGGACAUUUCCUCCCUUAAAUUAUUCCUUGAUGAACCCUACACGCUUAUCUCAAAAAAUGUGAAUCUUUCGAUCGUUUUCAUAUAGAAAGUUUUGAAAGGACUCGAAGCGGCAGCUCGUAGUCAGGAAAACACUGAAGUGGCAGCAUGAGCGAUUGCUAUAGGAGAAGGAUAACCCCACCCCGUUGCUAUGUGACUGCCGAAUGGCUGAAGCUUUCUCCAUCCCUACGUCAUUUGUAUGUCAACAAAGUACAUCAGAUACGGUCAGCAGGGGAGACGAGUCGACCAAGCCAUCCAUUGAUUUUUAGAAGGGCAAAGCCUAAUAGACAAAAAACAAAAGGUUUUUCUUUACCGGACACAAGGACGCUGCUGGAGGAAGUGGUCAACACACCCUUAAGAAAAACACACCUCACCCUGAGCAUCUGGAGUGACAAAAUGGCGUCAUCGACGUCCAUCGCCAACCUCACGCAGGAGUGGCAGGAGAGCCUGCUGAGGUGGCACCUCAGUUACUUUCUAAUCCCGACCACGGUCAUCACUCUGGCCACCUUGCUGGCCAACCCGGUUCUCCUGGCGUGCAUCUUCCUGUCCCGUGCCCUGCGCCAGGAGACACGCUACCUGCUGUUGGCCAACACCCUGGCGGCAGACACGCUCUUCCUCCUCCUCAAUCUGGCCACGGUGAUCUGCAACGCGGCGUGGGUUCAAAUGCCGGAGCUGGUCUGCGAGCUGAUCACAGCCGCCACCGUCGCCCUCUACACCUGUGUCAUCUUCACCAUCACCCUCAUGGUGGUCGACACCUACGCUGCGGUCCGCUGGCCUCUGCGCUACCAUAACCUUCUUUCACCUGGCCGCACCCACUGCAUACUGCUGGGCGUUUGGCUGCUGGCGGCCAUUUACCCCCUCAGCCUGAUGAUCAUUACGGAGGUGGAGAGGGAAAAUCCGCGUGAGACGUUGGCUGUGUGUCUGGUCCUCAUCUCCCUUGGCUUCCUUCAGGUCAAAAACAUAGGGGCGAUCAACAUCCACUUCUUCGUGGCCGCUCUCUUUUGUGCCGUGGUCAUUUCUUUCUGCUACAUUCGUCUCUACAUGGUGACGAGGACUCAGGGCAUCUGGCGGAGCCGCUUCUCCAGGGCCCGGGUCACUCUGCUGGUCCACGGGGUUCUCCUGCUGCUCUACUUUUCCCCCGGCGUUGUCUUCAUCCUGGAGCUCUCCCUGUUCCAAAAGACCAACAUCAGUCUGGAUCUACGCGUGUGGAUCUGCACGGUCAACAUGUGUGUUUUCAUGUUGCUGCCCAGGGCGUUGGCGCCAUACCUGUACGGGCUGAGGUACAGAGAGAUCUCUGACUCUCUAAUGCAGCGGCUGCACCAGAACAAGAGACUCAGCGAGCUCACGGUUUCAUGAGGAAACUCGCGAUCCCUCCAUCACUCAAACGUCUGCAGAGGAAUUUAUAUUGAAGAUAUUUUCACGUUUUUCUCGGGCCCCUCCAAAAAAAACAAAGAUGGAACUGGAAAGUCAGGAGAAGUAAACUCCCCCCCCCCCAAGUGCAUCUGUUUUUAAUUUGACUAGAAAUAAAGAAGUUUAUUUUUCCACAUGAAUGUGUUUAUUUUAAAUAUACUGUUUGCUGGUGUUCUCCCCAAGAACAUAAAGAAACACUCAAAUACUUUGCUUUUCAA